CAGCACAUUUCUCCAUCUUCCAAACGUGGACCUAAACAUGACAGGCGUAAAGCAUCUUUGACUUUUAAGCGACUUUGAUCCUGUCCGUGACAUUUUUAACAAAGCGCCGAUUCAUCUUUCGCAACAUUCAGGCAAAAGAAACCGCCUACGCGGCGCAGUUUGUUUUUCUGUAGAGACGAAUGAAUUGGUUAUAAUUUGGUUUAUCCUAUUUUUUUUUUAUUAUUUGUCUGUCAUUACGCCCAGCGAUUUCUAAAGAGGCUUCAACCCGUUUGAGACUAUGGAAUCUGCUGUUUGCCAGCUCUGAGGCGACCGAACAAAAACAUCACCUGAAUAGACAUGGAGGCAAUUUGGCUUUACCAAUUUCGACUGAUUGUCAUCGGGGACUCCACUGUUGGAAAAUCAUGUUUAAUUAGGCGAUUCACAGAGGGCCGCUUUGCGCAGGUCUCGGACCCGACAGUCGGAGUGGAUUUUUUCUCUCGCCUGGUAGAGAUCGAACCUGGGAAACGCAUUAAACUACAGAUUUGGGAUACUGCGGGCCAGGAGCGCUUCAGGUCUAUUACCAGAGCUUACUACCGUAACUCUGUAGGAGGUCUGCUGCUCUUCGACAUAACAAACCGCCGUUCCUUCCAAAAUGUACAUGAGUGGCUAGAGGAGGCACGCAGCCAUGUACAGCCCCACAGCAUUAUCUUCCUGCUGGUGGGUCACAAAUGUGAUCUGGAACCACAGCGUCAGGUGAGCCGACAAGAGGCCGAAAAGCUAGCUGCUGCGUAUGGCAUGCGCUACGUGGAGACUUCAGCGCGUGACGCAAUCAAUGUGGAGAGGGCAUUCACAGAGCUAACACGGGAUAUAUUUGAGUUAGUGAAGAACGGGGAGAUUACCAUCCAGGAAGGCUGGGAGGGAGUGAAGAGUGGCUUCGUCCCAAAUGUGGUGCAUUCCUCAGAAGAAGUGACAAAGGGUGACCGUCGGUGUUUCUGUUGAGUCACCAAUCAUCAUCCUGGUACAUAUUAAACAUUUGGGACCUGGUGGUCAACAGGAUCGCUCCCUCCAAUCACAGGGUCAGUCUUCAACUCCCUGAUUAAUACAUACUCAGCCCCUUCCUGCCUGCUGGAUGCCUAAAGUCCCAACACAUCCUUCACCUGUCCAUAUUACUUUGCUUAUUUCCUGAAUCACACAACCUUGUAUAUGGCUGAACAAAACUUUGAUAAUGAAUGGUUUGUAUAUGUUCAGAAUCCUCACUGAAUGGCCUAUCAGAGCUACAACCCAAGUUCCGAAAAAGUUUGGACAGUAUGAAAAAUACUAACAAAAACAAAAAGUAGUGAUUUGUAAAUUAUAUUCACCCUUUGCUAUAUUGAAAGCACAACAACUACACAUUAUAUGUUUAACUUGUGAAUUUCAGUUUUUUUGAAAAUGUACAGUAAUUUCAAAUCAGAUGAUUGCAACACACUCCAAAAAAGUUGAGACGGCAAUACCAAUUUGACGAGUUGAAAUAACAAGGCAAUGUGAGACAGGAGAUGUUAAACAGGUGAGGCAAUUGUGUCAUAAUACUGUAUACUGUUGUGGUAGACAAGCCUCACAUUCAUUGGGAAAGGAGGAAGCAGGAACUGGAUUAACAAUCAAAAAGACUUUAAUUCAACAUAAUCACUGAACUGAAACAUAACCAAAGCGCACACAAAACACUGCUGCAUGCGUCUCUCUCUCUCUCAGGUGUCCCCGGCUCAUCCUUUUAUCUCUGUCCCGCUGAUUGGGCAACUCAGCAACGGGCAUGAAUCCUUUCGGCCCGGUCAACUGUAUACAACUGUAUAAGGAACCUCCAAAAACAAUUUGCCAACAGACGCUUCAGCAAAUAAUCCAGCAGACAAAUUGGAAGGAUUUUGGGCAUUUUACCCUCUACGAGCACAAAAUAUUUAAAAGGAAACUGGUCAAAUCUCUGUGCGUAAAGGGCAAGACGAAAACCAUUUCUGAGUGCACUUGAUCUCUGAUCCCUAUGGAACAGUGCAAAUGUGUUUCUUGGUCUGAUGAGUGUUAUUCGGGCCAAAGAGGAAAAGGGCUAUCCAAGCUGUUAUUAGUAUCAGGUCCAAAAGCCAGUGUCAGUUUGGGCCAGGGAUGUGUCAGUGCCCAUGGCAUGGGUAACUCUCACGUCUGUGAGAACACUAUGUAUGCAGACAGAUAUGUACAAUUAUUGGAGCAACAUAUACUGCCAUCCAGCAGUCUUUUCCAGGGACGUCCCUGCAUUUUAAAGCAACAACUUCAAACCACAUACUGCCCGUAUUACAAGUGCAUGGCUGUGUAAGCAGAGAGUGUGGGUGCUAGAUUGGUUUGCCUCCAGUCCUGACUUGUCUCCAAUUGAAAAUGUGUGGUGCAUUAUGAAGCACAUAAUAAAGCAAUGAAGACCUACAUAAUGGAUGAAUGUUCAGUGCCCAAAUGCUUAAUAAGUGUUAUUAGUGGUAAACACUCGACUGUCCCAACUUUUUUGGAGCGUGUUGCAGUCAUCUGAUUAGAAAUGACUGCACAUUUAAAAACAUAACAUUGAAUUCACAGGGUAAAGCAUCAUAUAAUGUGUAGUUGUAGUGCUUUCAAUAUAGCAAAGGGUGAAUAUAAUUGACAAAUCACAAGUUUUUGUUAGCAUUUUUCAUAUUAUCCCAACUUUUUUGGAAUUGGGGUUGUAUAGCUGCACUUAGAAUGAUGGACAGAUGUGCACAUACAAUUUAUCGAGCCACUAAAGUUAAAACUUCCCAAAUGAAGAAUUUAUAUAUUUGCUUCAGACUUUUCCUGCAUCUGGGACUGAAACUGUUGCAGGUGUAUUCUUUAGGUUGUAUCAUGGGAGAAAUAACUGAACAACAUUAGUUUUACUUGCUGACUGCACUGAUGAAGGCUGGGAUACCUAUUUCUGUUGACUUGAAGAUCUCAGAUUUGAACAAUGUGAUGGCUGGGGGUGCAACUGAAUAUUUACUUUUAACUCCAGGGACAAAAGGAGGGAGGAUAAAAUGCAAUACAUCAUGAAGACCUAGAACUGGGCAAACACCUGACUUGUAAUGUUGCAAAAUUAUAUCGAUUUCAAAGCAAACUUGAUUUUCAAAUGUUAUCAAAGUGGUUUGAAAUGACAUGGUACAAUUGUAAAUCAUAUCACCUCUUUAAGAUCUAGCACAUAUAUGUCCCCUUAUUACUGUUCCAGCUGGUUUAGUAAAAGUCUGUAAGUGCGAGCCACAGAUGGAAUAUUGACAUUUGGGUGCAUUGAUUAACUAAGAACAUCUCUUAUCACACAUUACCACUGGAGGCCUCUGGUUGUCACCAGAAUUAUAAAGAAAACCUUAAUCUAUUGUACUUUGGUACAUCUUUGCACCAUUUAUCCCAAAGAGUGUUUCUUAUGUUAAAGCUUGUGAUUGUACCACCUUAUGUGAAAAAGCAAGCUCCUCCUGUAGGUUUUUUUAACUGCCCAGUUAAAAGAAAUGCAUACCUUAUAUGCAUUUCUACACAAAACAUGUUUCCUGAGAGCUUGCAUUUCCAUGUAUUUUAAAAACAACUUUAUUCAAUUACAUGUUACAACUUUACUUUCUGAUAUUACUUGCUCUUCACUUUCAAGCCCACAGCUUCUUUCUUUACACAUUGGACAAGUUUGUUGAUAUUGUUCACCACGUUAAACAAUGGACUGAGCAGUUAAUGUCACAUUGCUGGAUGAUAUGUUGGGGAAGGGCCAGAUAAUUUUGUAUUGGGUUUACCACUUGAUGUCUCUCCAUAUGCUUUUUGAUGCUGGUGUGGUUUGGACUUUCUAGGACUGGAAUAGAGCUGUACAAACGCUACUGACUCUGUUACAAUGAAUUUGAAAAACCCUGUACCUCUUUAAGAAGGGAACGUCAAAUCUACUUAAAAUUAAAGUAACAUGUUAAAAACUGUCUGGUUGUGUAGUCCAAACCAAAGUUUUGCCCAUUUACCAUCCACCUGGGGUAAUGUUAGGAUAGUGAAAUUUUUAACUUAACAAGAGAGUCCCUGAUGAACUUAUUUGUCCAAUGAGUUUGUUGUUUCAAGAGAAUGUAAUAUUCAGGCAAAGGAAGUUCACAUUGUAGUCUUCAGUACUAGCCUAAAUGACUG